ACUUCCUGUUCCUGUUUCUAAACUUGCAUUCGUGAGUGUGUGAAGGGUGCGGCUAAAAGUUCGGUUCUUGAGGUUUUAUAGACUUUUAGACCAAAAGAAAAAGUCAUACCUCAAGAUGGCAUCACGGCUACCUGCAUGCGUAAUUGAUAAUGGCACAGGUUACACCAAAAUAGGUUUUGCCGGGAACACAGAGCCACAAUACAUAAUACCAUCAACUAUUGCUAUCAAAGAAGGUCGUAAGAUUGGGGAACAAAGCCAAAGACGGCUAACAAAAGGAGUUGAAGAUCUUGAUUUUUAUAUUGGUGAUGAGGCCAGUGAUAAACCAAGCUAUGAAUGCAAGUAUCCUAUUAGGCAUGGCAUUGUUGAAGACUGGGAUUUAAUGGAAAGAUUUUGGGAACAGACAAUCUUCAAGUACUUGAGAGCAGAGCCAGAGGACCACUUUUUCCUACUGACUGAACCUCCGCUAAAUACUCCAGAGAACCGCGAGUAUACAGCUGAAAUCAUGUUUGAAACAUUCAAUGUUCCUGGUCUAUAUAUUGCAGUACAGGCUGUUCUUGCUCUAGCAGCAUCAUGGACCUCACGACAAGUUGGAGAAAGAACGUUAACUGGUAUUGUGAUUGAUAGUGGGGACGGUGUUACACACGUUAUCCCUGUUGCUGAAGGUUAUGUCAUAGGUAGCUGUAUCAAACACAUCCCUAUUGCUGGUCGUGACAUCACAUAUUUUAUUCAACAACUUCUACGAGAACGUGAAACCGGCAUUCCACCUGAGCAGUCACUCGAAACAGCCAAAGCAAUCAAGGAACGUUAUAGCUACAUUUGCCCAGAUAUAGCAAAGGAAUUUGGCAAGUAUGAUGCAGAUCCAGGCAAAUGGUUGAAGAAGUAUGAUGGAGUAAACUCAAUCACAAAGCAGCCAUUUGCUGUUGAUGUUGGCUAUGAACGUUUCCUGGGUCCAGAAAUUUUCUUCCAUCCAGAGUUUUCAAAUCCAGAUUUCACAACGCCCAUAUCCGAGAUUGUUGACACAUGCAUCCAAAAUUGUCCAAUUGAUGUCAGAAGACCCCUGUACAAGAACAUUGUGCUGUCUGGGGGAUCCACAAUGUUCAGGGACUUUGGCAGAAGACUGCAACGUGAUGUGAAGAGAGUUGUAGACGCACGACUCAAAUUUAGCGAAUCUCUCAGUGGUGGAAGAAUAAAGCCAAAACCAAUAGAUGUGUCAGUCAUCUCUCACCAUAUGCAACGUUACGCUGUAUGGUUUGGUGGCAGUAUGCUAGCAUCUACACCCGAAUUUUUUCAAGUUUGCCACACAAAGGCUGAUUAUGAAGAGUACGGCGCCAGCAUCUGUCGUCACAAUCCGGUCUUUGGCACAAUGUCAUAAUUGCUAUAAUCAUGCAAAUUGACAACAGUUUUUUAUCAGCUCAAAUUUAAAUGAAUAUUUUUUUUUUUUAUUCUUGGAAGUUUUUUUUUUUUGUUUCCAUCAUAUAUUUUGGGGGAGGGUCAGGAGGUCAUUGCAUUUUUUUUUGAAAGACCAAAUUAAAUAGCAGGGGUCCUGAGUCUCCCACAACGCGCGGGAGUCUCCUGUAAAUUGGGACGGCUUCCCGCACUCAUGUAAGCUAGCAAGAAUCUCCUGGAAAAUAACCCAUCUCCCUCAAAUUCUUAUUAUUUGCAUGUUUUCUCUGGUUUAUUAUCAAUUGUUUUAUUAUCAAUUGUCAGUGCCGAUGGAUGUCAGCAAAAUAAAAUUAUAUGUGUUAUAAGAAAGCUCAUUAACCAGACCUCCUGAAAAUGAUUUCUUCCAACUUUUGACCCCUGAAAUAGACUCCUUACCAUUUCCAUACUGUGGUGGACAGUACUUGUAGCUUAUAUGGAAAAAUUAAAAUACCAUUAAAAAAAAAAAUAAAAAGGCAGUGGGUCUGGUAUAGUACCACUUAUAAUGUAAAUACUGUACUAAAGCUGUGAUUUUCCUAACAGCAAAUACUUAAUAGAUAUUUGUAGAAGAAAAAUUUAAUAAUGACAUAAUGGUAAUUGUAGAACUUAUUACUAUGAUGUCAGCAUUUAUGCUUUUAAUAUGAAAGUAAUUAUGAGAUAUAUAACAAUAACAUUGACUGCUGAUCAGUUGCUUUCAGGAUGUUAAGGUAGCACUUUCAUACUUCGAUUUUCUAGGGUAAUAAACUUAAAGCAGGAAUUGAUAAUCAAGGACUUAAUACAGUAUAAAUCCUUGUACAGUAAUUUAAUCAGUAAUAAAAACCACAAGUGUGCAUAUUUUGGCAUACUAGAAAGCGUAAUAAUUUGAGAGGUGCCUUCAAACUAGGUAGGGCUAUAUUUUUUGUUUCUGGCAUAGUUUCUGCAGCCUUUAAUUAUAUUAGCAAACACUUAAUUACUGAUUAUACUGAAGACAACAAAUAAUAUAUUAAUGAAGAAUUCAUUAAUUAAUCACGCAACAAAGAAUAAUAAAGAAAAUUUAUUAACUUA